AUGGGUGUAAAAUGCAAGAAAGUUGUUUCAGUAGAGGUGAAGUGUGGAGGACACUCGGUUCUUGAGAUUUUUCAUGCCAAAACUCAUCCUAUAUCCAACAUAAGCCCCAACAAGGUAAAUUUUUUUGAAAUUCAUGAAGGCGAAACCCUAAAAAUUGGUUCAAUUGUUAACUGGACAUAUAAUGACGAUGGAAAAGAUAAAACUUCAAAGCAAGUGAUUGAAGCCGUCGAUCAUGAAACUAAAACAAUCACUUGGAAAGCGAUUGGUGGAGAUCUAUUAGAGUUGUACAAUUCCUUCACUAUUAUAACAUCAUGUGACCAUGAAUGGACUACACGGACAUUUAUGUAUGAGAAGAAAACUGAAGAUAUACCAGCGCCUCUCGUUCCCCUGGCUUAUGUUCUUCAUGUGACAAAAGAAAUAGAAGGUCACCUUCUCAAGUAA